UAAGAUGUUUGUGCGCAUGCGCAAUGUUCGAAAAUAAGGAAGUUGACAGAUUCUCAUCAAUGAAAACAUGUGAUGUGGCACCGUAGAGGAGCAGUCUGCGCAAGAUAACAUUGAAGGUGUUAAUUAUACCUCAAGUAAAGAGCUUCUAAUGCAGGCAAUUAGAAGCAACAUGUUGGGUGCUGGAAUCUCCAACAACAAGGUCAAGUACUCACGGCUGGCUGCUGAUGACGACGGUUACAUAGACUUACAGUUCAAGAAAAGCCCACCAAAGGUCCCAUACAAGGCGAUUGCACUGGCAAUAUUUCUGUUUUUGAUUGGCUCCUUACUGAUAAUCUUCGGGGCUCUUCUUCUGUCAGGAACCAUAAAGGUCGAGCAUCCAGACCGCACCAUUCCUGUCAUCAUCAUAGGGCUACUCGUGUUCCUUCCUGGAUUUUACCAUUUGAGAAUUGCCUACUUCGCCGCAAAGGGUCACCGGGGUUACUCCUACGACGACAUCCCCGAUUUUGGCGACUGACCCAAACUAAAGCUGCUGAUUGGUGGAGAAUCCCCUUCCUCCUGCCACGCUGUGCACCCUGAGACUGGUGCCUGCUGUUUACUUUGAGUUUCUGAAUGCAUGUAGCAAAUCAGGCGAACCUUUAUCGCUGUUCUGCCAUGAGAGACUUUUAAAGUCUUGCUGAUUUUUAUGAUUUAUGUGUUGUUUAUUCGAUGCUAUGUGUUGUAUUAUCCUCCACACAAAACCUCGAUGAACCUUAGAGGCUUUAUAUAUAUAUAUAUUCAGCUGUAUAAACAAUGAACCACACACUUAAUGAGUAGAGGACCUGUUGCUUGCCUGCAACAGUUCAGCAACAUGUCGCUCAUUCAAGAAACGAUUGCAAACCUCGGAUGAGUGGUGACAUAUUUUUGGAGACUACACGGACGCCUUCAACUGACUACUGCUAGAACCUUGCACAGUUGCACAGCUGUUUCAUAGUGCAUCUUAAACAAAUACUGUAUUUAUUUGUGAUUGUAGCCUAUGGCUGUGUUUGAAAUCGCCUACUAACAUACUAUUCUUACUAAGUAUGACGUGAAAGUGAGUCGUGUGUGGAUUUUGUGUCCACAGAUGGAUACUACUUAAACAAGAUUUAGAGAAGUAUGAGGCGUGAGCUUAGUGCAUUUACUGAACUGCCCCACAACGCAUUGCGUGUCUUUAGACUGCAGUGGCCGAGAUUUUGAGCUAGGCUAAAAACUCUUAAUAGUGUCACCUUAUUAAUUUUGAAAGAGGUCCUAUUGUAUUCCUUUUCAGCAUCAUAUUUGUAUUCUUGGGGUCCCCAAGAAAAGGUUUACAUGCUUUGAUGUUCAAAAAACACAGUAUCUUUCUCAUACUGCCCAUUGCUCUUAAGACGAGAAAGUAACCUUUUAGAUUCCCAAUAUGUGGUCUGUUUAUCCAAAUGUUGCCUGUUUGGUAAUUUGCUGCAACGUUUUUGUACAUAUUUGACAUUAGUCAUAUCUUGCUUGCGCAUUUCCUCAGUCUGAACAGUCUGUUGGUAAUGUCUUACUUAAUCGCUCAUUUAGUAGGCAGUAUGCAGUAUACACAUUGAGUAUGCAGUAGGCAGUACAUUAGUAUGCAAUUUUGAACACAGCCUAUAUGAUUUCAUGCAAAGCUCGGAAGGGGGGGUAUAUUUUUCCUCAAGGAUUAUAUUUGCAGAACCAUCCAAAGAUUGAUUACUUUGUCGAAGUACAGUUAUUAUAUUAUAUUUUUUGACUGAAAUGUAUAACUUUCUGUAUGAAGUAUUGCUGUUUGUCAAUAUAUGCAUUUGGUUUUAAUUAUAAAAGAAAGAUGUAUUUUUACAUACAUUUGCUUAAUUAAAAGAAAAAA